UAAAAUUUUCUUUUCAAAGUUAGAAACAUCUCAUGAAUAAUUCAUGAUACAUCUUUCAAAGACGUGGCAACAAUGUAAAACACUUAUGGCUGAUGGCGUAAAGUAUGAGGUACAAACGUAAAUAAUUUCGGGAUUAGUUUUGAUUUUUCCUUAAUUUUUUAUUGUUUUUAUUAUUAAAUACGCUUUAUGAAGAGUUUUAACCAACAGUAGUGUAAUAAGUUCUUGUUAAUGUUGCCAAUAUGUCUAAAAAUAAGAUAGUGAGACCCUGUGACACUAAAACUGAAGUGAAAAGUAAAUUUGAUGCAGAGUUUAGAAGAUUUAGCGUAGAACGUAAUUCCCAAACAACAUUUGAAGAUUUUCGAUCACUCAUUGAACGCUUACAUGGAUUGAAAGAAACACCAUUUUUGGUGUCAUAUAUUGAUCCUAGUGAUCAAGAUUUGCUUCCCAUCAAUAAUGAUGAUAAUCUAAGAAGAGCACUGUUUAAUGCUAAGCCACUACUCAGAAUAAUUAUACAAAGGAAAGGCAAUAGUUUCGAAGAACUGAAUGGUUAUGGAACGCUUAAACCUAGAAACUUAAUUUCUACCAUAUUGGGUGGAACGCCAGCAAAGACAAAAACUCUUCCCAUAUCAAAUCCGCACGACUUUAGGCAAGUUUCAGCUAUUAUAGAUGUAGACAUUGUACCAGAAACAUGUAGGAGGGUUAGGCUUUUAAAACACGGAUCUGACAAGCCUUUGGGGUUUUACAUAAGGGAUGGAACAAGUGUAAAAGUUACACAAAAUGGUCUUGAGAAAAUUCCGGGCAUCUUUAUCUCUCGAUUGGUUCCCGGUGGCCUGGCCGAAUCGACAGGUCUUCUUGCAGUAAACGAUGAAGUUUUAGAAGUAAACGGUAUUGAAGUAGCCGGUAAGACUUUAGAUCAAGUUACAGACAUGAUGGUAGCGAACAGUUCAAAUUUGAUCAUAACCGUAAAGCCCGCCAAUCAGAGAACUGUAGGACCACCGAGAAGGGGAAGUUUUGGAAGGAGUUCACAUAUGUCAAGUGGAUCGCAUCAGUCGAAUACCACUGCCGGAUCUGACCCAGACGAUAAAUAUGAUCAAGAUGAAAUAGUAGAUCUUACGGCCGGGUUAAAUCUAGAAGAGACCCAAUCGAAAGACGAUGGGAUCCUUCAUCUAUGAGAAGACAAGAUUGAAACAAAUAAACUGUACAUUCCAGUAUCAAUGGCAAUUAUCUUAACUAGGUAUUUUAGUGAAGAACCGUGAGACUUGGUAUUUUUAUAUCAGUAUUUUAUAAAAUCUCUUACAAGUAUUCAAUCCGUCCCCCAAUGUGCCUCCCGUUUACAAGGCGAUCUUAAAAAUUAGAGUGGGUCAUCUGAUUUGCUUAAUCCCAAAGAAAAGUAUUGCACAAUUUGUAUGAAUAUGUCCAGUUGUAGCCUUUUAAAAGACAUAUUGAAUAAUGAUAUACAGUAAGGUCCGUAGAUAGUAAAAUUUUAAAUAUUAAAUGUAUAUGCAGUAAAAUCCGCUUAAGAUGAUUUUGAAGAAUUCCACAAGUGGUUAUUUUGGUUGAUAUUAGCAUUUUUAAAACAUGAUUUCCAAAUUGUAGCUCUUAGAAAUGAGAAUGCUUUAAAACAAAAACUUUGUAGCCAGAUUUUUAUCAUAGAUAGUUUAUCAUCUUUUAUUUUAUGUAUAAUAUAAAUAAAAUAUAUUCAAAAACAUCAAAAUUGAUUCAAAAAUCUAAAAUAUCAUACAUAACAAAGUUAUUCGUGACAAACAUACACCUUAGUCCUUAUCAUAUACGAGUAGAACUACGUUGCUGUAAGUUAGAGAGAGAAAUACAACACUUACCGCUCACUUAAACUUUGAACUGCGAUAGCAAAGCUGCAAUUACACCAGUGUUGUCAGUUCGCUUAAAUUAGAUUAUGCUCUGCGUCAUGCUAAAAGGUGCACUUGGCAACACUGCAUUGAAAUAUAAGAAUCAUUCUGCCAUCCCUACCCUUCUUUAUUUAGAUAUUUACAAAUCAUUUAACCUUCGGAUGACCAAGUGGGGUAAAUUUGGAUCUCAGCGUAUGUUUUUCUUUAAUAAAUUCAAAAGUAUUUUCAAUUUUUAACUCAUUAUUUUUUUAUUUGACUUUAAUAUCAUUCUAGAUAUCCUCAUAUUUUGAAAUAAAAAAAUUCCCUAUAUUUUACGAAUAAAAAAUAUAUUCUGAAGUUGAUGUUUAGUAAAAUACCGUUUAUUAUGUGGAAUUCCAAGUAGUUUUCCGUUGGUCAUCCGUAUAACAAAAAAAGGUUAGUCAUCGGAAGGUUAAUCGGUUGUUUAAUUGCAGUAAAUAGCAAUAAUCUCUUUUAAUGUACCUGUAUGUGCUUUGUGCUUGGUUUUGGUAAUAAUCCUUUACAUUAUUUAGUCAUGUCUUUGCCACGUUAUGACAAAUUGCUAGAACAAGUACUAAGGAAAAACUUAACACCGAGGGCAAAAUUGAACGAAAAAGGCUGAGGGGAAGAUCUCCAAGUCGUUGGAUGGACCAAACAAAAACUCUAAUUAACCGAGGAAUUCAAGAGGUUGAACAAUCAGCCCAGAAUGCUGGAAAGAAAUUAUAAAAAUUUGAUGGUGUCACCACUACCAUGAAGUAGAUAUUCUUUCAAUACAAGUAGCCUCCACAGUAAACAGCGACGCACAAGCCCUUUUAGGAGUCCGCGUAUGGAGAAGAGCAGCCACAGACAGGCAAGGGUGGAGGCAAAAAAUAAAGGAGGCCAAGGCUCAAUUUGGGCUGUAGUGCCGUAGAAGAAGAAGAAGAAGUAGCCUCCAGGGGCCGGAUUCUAAUUCAUUUCGAUGUCGCAAUUUAAUUUCGACUCCGCCAUGACAGAUGUAAUUUAUAGCGAUUCUUAUUCAUUUCGAUAUUAGUUCCAACUGGGGAUAUUAACGUUAUCAUUUUGACACUGCUCAGAAUUUUUGUUGCUCCUCCUGUUUAUUGGAUUUAUUGGCUAUGCAACCACCGCAACGUUUGUUGAUAGUCUGGGCAAAUUAUCGAAAAAAUGUCAUUUUGGGAAAAGUUAUUUACCAGCUAUUUUAUUGCUAAAAUCGAAUCUUAAGAUUGCAUAUAUUAUUAAUAUGGGGUAUGACAAGUCCGCAGAAAGUGUGUUAUUUUAUUUAAAAACAAAUUAGCACUGCUAAAUCUUCUUUUUUUUUUCAAUUAGUGCUCUGUAACUCCUAAGAUUUUUUCUUUAAACCAAAAACACUCAAAUAAAAAUUCACGGCAAUUUAGUUCUGCACAGUUAUUAUUUUUCCGAUUUCCUUCAACAAAAAUUUUACUCGAAAAAUGCGAGUUUUCCAAAAAAAUCUACAAUUUUCAAUUAAAAUUUUAGGAAAGUAAUUAUUUAUCAAUAAUUAAAUAAAUUGGUGACAUGAAAGAUUUUUUAUACCUAGUAGAUUAUACAUCAGGAGGCCGGCGACAAUCUAACCAAUAGUUAAGCAAUAAUUAAAAUGUUAAUUAAAAAAUUUCGGUCGAAAUAAUAACCAGAAAGAUUGUGAUACACCAAAAUAACUAUGAUUUUCGUAUAAAAAAGCUCUAUAUCUAUUCAACAUACUUUACAGAAUUGAAAUUGGACUAUUUGAUCGGUCUCGGGAAUGUUAUAAACAUUUUUUUGGCUUAUGCUUAUAAACAAAUGGAACCCCUCAGAAAAUAUCAGAUUAAAUUAAAUUAAGUUAACGCUCUUGAAAAGGACACGGCUUCUUCUUUGAAGAAAAAAAAUUUGACCAGCAUUUGCGACAGAGUUAUAAACAACAGGAUUUCGAUCUUUGAACCAUUACCUUUUUAUUCCGGUCCUCUUUGUACAUACAAAUUUUCAUAUCUUCAAGACACUCAUAACAAAAAAGAUUUAUGUCAAUAAGAUAUUUAAUUAUUAAUAAAUAAUUUUACUUCCCUAGAACUUUAGUUGAAAAUUAAAGAUUUUGUUUGGAAAACCCGAAUUUUCCGAGGAAAAUUUCCGCCGAAGGAAAUCGAAAAAAAAAAUAUCUAUGUGCCGAAUUAAAUUACAGUGAAUUUUUAUGUGAGUGUUUUUGGUUUAACGUUAAAAUCUUCUGAGUUACAGAGCAAUAAUUGAAAAAAAAAAAAAGAUUUCGGAGCGCUAAUUUGUUUAUAAACCAAAUAGCACACUUUCUGCGGACUUUGCAUAGCUAUAUUACUAAUAUAUGAAAUCUUAAGAUUUGAUUCCAGCAUGUCCAGCAAUAAAAUAACUGGUACAUAAUUUUCCUUGUUUUAUACUAAUUUUCCCAGAUUACUACUUUACAUCUUUCAUUGAGUUGAUAAUUCACGUUUUGAAUCAGCAAAUUUCCAUAAAACCCAGCCAUAUUAAUACCUUUUGCUUCAGUUUUCCUUGCAAGAAACAAACAAAACACAUCUCCUAAACUACACCUAGGUAACCUCGCUUUCGGCCAUUCAUUCAUGUCCGUGCCACAAUCAUUUCGACUCGAAAUUAUAAUAUUAACCACUUUUUUGGAGUCUCGCUAUUAAUUUCUAUAAGUCGCUAUUUUAUGACAUCAUUUCGUUAGUUCAACUAAAAUCCACAAGGCUCGCACAGUCGUAUUUCAACGUCGCCAUAUUGAUUGCGACUUGUUUUGAGUCGAAAUUUGAAUUAUAAUCAGGGCCCAGAAACCGCUAAUGAAAUUUUCCGUACGCUAUUGGAAGCCUCAGGAUGAUGCUGAAACGUCACCGUCAUUUCUGAGAAUUUGGUGCUUACAGUUUUGAAAUUAUACUUUAACAUGUUCGCUGACAGCGUAUAUUGGAGGGAUUUCUCAUCAUUCACUCGUCGAUAUUGUACCACGUGGUACAGAUUUUUUAUAACAAACCAACAAAAACACAUACAAAAGCAAGGUUCUACAUGCCAACAUAAUAGGCAUAUAUAUUUAAUAGGCCAAUAUAAUAGGCUGAAUAAUCUUAUUAUUUUUAUUAUGCGGAGCCGAUUGAAUACAUGAAGUAAAACUAAUUUGUUGUCAUGCACGCCUUGUGGUCACAACGGGACAAACGAAACCUCCUACCUCUAUGGAAGGAUUUCACGCUUCUACCGACUGAUGACUUAUCUCUUGAUAUUUUGACCACACAUGUCUCCCCUAUUCUGCUUAUGUGGUUAUUCCAUUCUUUUUUCCAUUUAGUGUCCAUUCGUUUAUUUUCCAUUCCAUUCGUUCCAUUUUCUUCUAAUGUCUUCACUCCUCUGUCGAUCUCUCAGCGUAUUUCCUGUUAAUUUUUCUCAGUUUUUCCAUCUCUACCGUUUCUAAUAGUCACGUCCAUCAUGUUAGCAGAACACAGUUAUUCUUAUACCAUAAUUAAGUGUAAGUAAAAUGCAAAUUUAAUGUUCCAAGAAAAAAAUUAUUGCUCCUUUUUUUAAGUUAUCGCAUGUUCUGCUAACUUGAUAAUCAAGCUAGCAGAACAGUAGUUAAAAAAUUUGAUAAAUCAUCUAUAAUUGAAUGCCAAAAUAUUCCCUGAAUUAAAUGCAAAUUUAAUGUUCCAAAAAAAAAAAAAUAUGGUUCUUCUUUAAGUUAUCGCAUGUUCCGCCAACUUGAUUUCAAGCUAGCAGUAGUUCAGCUUUAACAUUGAACAGUAGUUCAAUAAUUAUUGAUAAAAUAUCAAAUAAUUGAAUACCACAGUAUUAUCUGAAUUAAAUGCAAAUGAAAUGUUCCAACAAUAAAUUUAAUUAAGAAGUUAAUAAACCGUAAGAAUUUUACCAAUAAUUACUACCAAAAGCAGAUGCGAUUAGAAACUCAAGAGCCAUUCUCCUUCACUGCACAAUAGAAAUUUUUGUACCAUAUUCAGGGUUGCCAAUUUAGUAGAUUUUCUACUAGAUCUAGUAGAAUUUCUUGUGAUUUAGUGGGAAAAUUUUGAAUCUAGUAGAUUUUAGAAUCUUGUAGAAAAUAUAGUAGAUUUUAGUAGUAGAACAUGCGAUAACGUUUAAAAAAAAGAGCAAUAAAUUUUUUCUUGGAACAAUACAUUUGCAUUUAAUUCAGAUAACACUUUGGCAUUCAAUUGUAAAUGAUUCAUCAAUUUUUGAACUACUGUUCUGCUAGCUUGAUUAUCGAGUUAGCAGAACAGGCGAUAACUAAAAAAAGGGCAACAAAUUUUUUCUUGGAACAUUAAAUUUGCAUUUAAUUCAGAGAAUACUUUGGCAUUCUUAAUAAGAAUAACUUAAAAAAAAGCAAUGCAAUACAUUUUUUCUUGGAACAUUAAAUUUGCAGUUAAUUCAGAGAAUACUUUGGCAUUCAAUUAUAGAUUAUUUAUCAAAUUUUUGAACUACUGUUCUGCUAGCAGAAUAUUCACUGAUUAUCAAGUUAGCAGAACAUGCGAUACCUUUUUAAAAAAAUGUCAAUUAAUUUUUUCUUGGAACAUUAAAUUUGCAUUUUAUUUACACUUAAUUAUGAUAUAAGAAUAACUGUGUUCUGCUGAAGUUGUUCUGCUAACUUGAUGGACGUCUAAUAGUCUUUGUGUUGUGGCUGUAUCGGGUCUUGUUUCUGAUGCAUAUGUCAUUAUUGGUUUUUACACUGGCUUUAUAAAUUCUUGACUUCAUCUCAGUGUUAAUAUAUCGGAUUCGCCAUAUAGUGCUAUUAAGGCAUUCUGCCAGUCUGUUUGCUUUUUGUAGUUGAUUUCUCACUUCUUUGUCCAGGUUUCCGUAGCUGGUAUUUUAUUUCCAUUAUUUGUUCGAUCCCCAUCAAUUUAUAUGUCACAUCUGAUCGGUUUUUUACUGAUUACUAUUAUUGUUUUAGUUUUCUGAGGUGAAAUUGUCAUAUUAAAUUGUUUUGCUAUUAUGUUAAAUCUGUGGACUAAUCUUUGCAGACUACCUUCAUCUUGGACUGUCAAUAUUUCGUCGUCUGCGCAAUCGUGUAAAUCGUGGCAGAUUAAGACAUAAGAGAAAUAUAUCUCUCAUUUUGCAUAUACUGAGUAAAAAUUAUGCAAGAAAUCAUAGUAAUUAUUUACAUGCUUGUGUUAAGCGGAUUUUACUGUAUUAACAGAAACAUAUUAAAAAAUACUAACUACGUUCCUUAAAAUGAAUUUUUAAUGUUUUUUUGGAUCCAACUCGUAUAUCUUGAGAUUAUCACACUUUUUGUAGUUGACGCAACACAAAGAAGCUGCUUAGCUUACUCUGUGGUUCUAAAUAUAAAGUGACUCAUUCGUUCAAGAAUUCCGUCUUUAAGAUAACAAACUUUGUGGUUAAAAUAUAUCAAAUUUUAUAGAAGCUUUUAGAAUUUUUAAACCAUUUUUGCAGAUUACAAAUGGCACAAGUCUCAUAAAACCAAAAAUAUAGUAAACGUUUAUGACAUACAUACUUGUGUAUGAUGUGGUAUUUGAUUGAAAGAAAAAAAUGUAACAAAUAAUUAAAAUUUUUGGCUGUUUUAUACUUAGUGGAACUUAAGACGUGGUGGAAGUCAUUGCUACAGCGAGUAAUAUACAUUAUUAACCUUUAAGCUGGUUUGACUUUUCUUGUCUUUCUAGUUUUGCAUAUAGUCAUAAAGACAAAAAAUAUACAGACUUAAAGCACUUUAUUGCUUUUCAAAAUAUGUCCCACCUAGAUCGAUACAUUUUUGCUUACAUUCAAACAAAUUGGUAAAACAGUUAUUCCAGUCUUCAGUUGACACCUGCAAAAUUGCUCUUUUAAAUGCAUCGAUGAUUCUUCUGGCGACUGGAGUCACUGCCGACGCGUUGAAUUCUUGAUCGUUGGGAACGUGAAGAAGUCCUUGGGACUUAGGUCGGUGCUACACGGUGGAUGGUUUAACAAUUCGAUGUGUUGAACCUCCAAAAACUCUUUUGUGUUUUGGGUAGUCUCAGCACUUGCAUUGUUCUGAUGUAGGAUAAUUCGCCGUUGUGUGUUGCUUUGUCGGAGUUUCGCGAUAACUUCUGGUAAACAAACGGUUAUAUACCAAUCAGAAGUAUCCGUUCUUUGAUUUUCUAAAGCAAGUGUUGCCACAUGACCAGAUUUUGACACAAAAGUUGCGACCACUUUGACACACUUCGAGAACGGAUCACUUCUGAUGGUUUUUCCAAUAUUCUUCGCCACUAACAAUACUAUUUGUUUUUGGAGCUUCCUUUGUUGAACAGUUCCAAUGCUUUGCGACACCAAUUAACGCGAACCGCUUUUUGCUCUUCUGUGAGCAAAUGAGGGAUCCAACGGGAAACCAACUUCGUAACACCCAGUUCUUCAUGUAGGAUCUUUUGGAUCGAGGUCUUUGAAAUGCCCAAAGAUCCUAUCUUGCGGUAUGUUACACGGCGGUCAUCCUUAAUUAUCAGACGAACCGCAUCAAUGUCUUACUGUGUGACUGCUGUUUUUGGUGGACCUGGCCUGGAUUCGCCGCUGGGACUGGAGCAACCACGUUGAAAUUCGCAAUACCAGCGGGAAAUAGUUGACUGAUGUGAUGCUCCAUUCCCAAAAACAGAAAACUUUUUAUCGAGACAUUGCUGUUGGGAUAAUCAUCUCCGAAAAUUGUAAAAAAUCGGCUGAGAUCCAGUUUUCGACCGACUUGCUAAUUUUCAAAAAUUUACUGUAUCUGCACGACUUGUAUCGCAAUAAAACUCUGGAUUUAUGUCAACAAAAGAUUGAGGUUACAUUUUUGUUGGCAGGUUUUGUUGGUGGCGCCCUCUAAGCGGCUAUAUGCAAAACUAAAAAGACAAACCUCAUAAUAUCGUAAUAAAGCAAAUAUCACAUGAAGUAUCGGUUUUAAUGCAAAAGUAGUUUCUAGUGUGCCUUAAAUACAAGCUUCCAAAUCGCUGAAACAAUGAGACUUGUUCUUUUGGCCAUUUGCGAUUCUGCAUUUUGUAUAUCAAAAGUAGUAUCAUCUAAAAAUAGAGGACUCGAAUAAUGUUCUUGACUUGGUAAAAUGAAGUUAUUGUGGAGUAAGAAUGUUUUUAACAAAAUGUUUUAGACAAUACGAGAUACAUUUUAAUACUUUGGUCCAAUGUUUUAAAACAAUUCAAAUAUUUUGUGGUUUUUUAUCAAUUUUUGAUAAACUGUCCAAAUUUACCAUGCUGUUUACAGUAGUAGGUUUCUUUUAAUAUCCAUUAUUUUAUUUAUUUUAUAUUAUUAGUACUUAAAAUAUAUAACUGAAUUCAAAAACUAGAUAUAAUCAAUUUAUCAUCCCAUAUUACAUACAAGGUAAAUAAAAAAAUAUGUAGAUAUACUUACGGACAUUCUAAAAUUUUUCCAAAAUAGUUUCAUGUGAAAUCUAACUUUUAGUUCAUAUUUACCAUGUGUGUAAAUUAAACAUAUCCAGUUUUAUAAUAUGACAUAAGUGAUCUAAUUUAUUGUAAUUUUUCGUCCAUUUUUCGUAACAAGACUCAUUAUACACUGUAGUAAGUGUAUUUACUAAAGUUUGAUGUACAAAAAUUUUUUAUAUAUUUUCAUCAGGUGCUAGAAAUGCGUUUUAGUUUUGCAUACUGUUCUUUCUCACUGCUACAAUUGCAGAGUGCGAUGUAUAGAAAUAGUACUACAAGACACAAUACUACCUAGUCAUCAAGAAAAAUCCUAAUUAAUGUGAAGUUUACAUUAAGUGU